AUGUCGGGUUUAAAUCCUUCUAACGCUUUUUCUAAGUUUGACCCAUCGAAGAUAUUGACCUUUGCUAAGAUGUACCUGGAUGAUCCUACUACACAAGAAAUAGAGGCUCUUUUGGGUGAUAUUGAGUCAUUUCGUCACACAAUACGCGAUGAUGAUAAAUAUGCAAACUUGAAUGGAAUAAGUGAUCUUACGCGUGUUAUGGUUGAAACGGGAACGCAUGGUUCUUGUCCAUCAGUUUAUCGAGCAGUUAAGCUAGCUUUGCUUUUAACAAUUGCAACCACAACCGUUGAAAGGUGUUUUUCAAAAUUGAAGUUUGUCAAGACGGAUUUACGUAAUCGAAUGGGCCCGGAAUUUUUUAACAAUGUUAUGGUUUGUGAGGUCGAAAAGGAUUUUUUACGUGAAAUGGAACGAUUUCAGGCUAUUAAAAAAAGAACAAAUCUAUUAGUUAAUGUUCUACUUCCGCCACUGAUACCGAAUAUAGGUAGAUUUACCAAAACAGUUGCAAUCAAAAAUCAGUUUCUAAACGUCAUCAAGAUUAUGACGAUAUUUCUCUUAGAGUGA